AAAUUUUUGUGUGGGAAAAAUGAAUUAUCCUUCAACCACUAGAAACCCUGUGAAAUAUUCCCAAGAAACCACAGUAAAUGAUCCUAUGGCAAUCAUGGAGAAUCCUUUUAGUCAAGAAGAGCUAUCAGCUAUGCUUUAUGAUGAUUCUGACUGCAAUAGGUCGAGACAAACGGUUCGAGAAAAUAAUCACUUGAAAGAGGCAGAUUCCAAAUCUCUUUACAAUAUGUCUGAAAGUGGAAGUGAUACAGUACCUGAAAACAACCACCCUGUGCAAGAUAAGAAUCUGAAUAGUCUUCUUUUUGACACUCAAGGCAGGUUCAAACCAGAUUUGAAAAAUGCUCCGGGCUCCAAGAACUUUAUUCGUGGACCAGACUGUAUGUCCUACAGGACGCAUAAUUUGCCAAAACAAGGCAUUGAUCAUGGACAAGUAGUUGAUAGAACUGAAGGGUUAGGAAUUUGGAAGGAGGUAGAAUUUUAGAGAGGCAAAGGCAGCCCGGAACUGGCCUAAAGGAUGUGCAACUGGCGUCCUCCAUCAGCACUCUUUAUCACAACAACAUAAACUUCCUAAUUCAACAACUCCUAACAAGUUCCUCUCCCCAGCGGAAAAACGAAAAAUCUUAGCAAACUCUAACUCAAAAGAAAAUCAAGAUCGCUCACACAAAAGUCCAAUACUCACUGAAUCUGAGGAGGUCUAUAAAAGCCAGCCAAAGACUAGAGUCUUCCAAAAAGAUGUUGAUCUUUACUGUGAAGAAAAUAUGGAUCCCAACAGAAAUCAUGAUAAGGGAAUAUACAUUGUCCAGAGGACUAAAGAGUUCGAGAAGCCUCAACAAGCCCAAGAGAUUUCUAUAGAUUCCAUAGAGUUCACACCCAAGAACAGGAGAAACCUCCACGAAGGGAAUUGCCAGAGGUCAGGAAAAGAACUGAAUGAGCUUUUCUCUGCUAAGAAACAAACUACUGCCAAGAAGCAUCAUCGUCAUAUCUCUUCGAUAUCACCACUAAUCACAGAGACAAGCAAGUAUAGGGAUGAGUACGAUCUUAGUCAGGAGGAGCUCAUCCAGAAUUUUAUUUCCUGGAAAACAAACUUUGAGACUGAUGUAAAAGAGUACUCUAGAACCAGAAAACCUUUCACUAAUGAUAUCGCACAGCUCUCGAAGCUGAACGAAGAGAGCUUACUUAUUGAAGAUGAAUGACAGAUUGAUGAGCUGCCUAGCUUUAAUCUUCCAAGAAAUCUCUUAAUCAGUGGAACAGGGAAGAAAUCCAGAUUUUCUAAACUUCCAAGAGCUAAAAAUGCGUUUAAUUAUAAUGAGAGAGCGAAAAUUAUCUAUGGGAGUCAGUCAGCCUCUCCCUCAAGAUCCCAUGCUGACUCUAGUCAAAAAUAUAGUAUGAUGAGAACUGAUACAACAAUUCCAAUAAAGAUUUCGCGGACUAAAACUUCAAAAAUAGGUCCUUCUCUCAAGAAACAAAAUCUCUCUGUCUUAAAGCCAGUGUGCUUACAGCCGAACAACUCAGAUGUCUGGAAUGAAACUGAAUACAACUCUGAUUCUCAGUCUGAAGUACCUGAGACCAAUAGAGCAACACCUAUCUUCAACAAGUUCAGAGAGAUGACCUUUGGAACAAGAGAAGACCCGCUUAGUAAGAGGCACCAAGCCAUUAAUUUCGAGCAGAUGGGUAAGAUAAAGGAGAAUAUUAAGAAACUCAGGCAACAAAGCAUGGUCUUCAACCUCUCUGCUUCAAGGUCCUGUGAAAGACCAUCUGAACAGACUACCCACCGAAAUGCCAUAUUUAACCUUGUGUUUAAUAUAAAGUAA